GUAGGAACAACCUUUAUAUUCUAUAGUAAUUCAUAUUGCUGUACUCUUUCAUAUUUUAAAAGGCGAAAAAAAAAGAUGGCCUCCCGGGCUACUGCACUUUUUCGUUUCCUUCCUUCCUAAUACGAAUACCACAGAGUGGAGUUGUGUGAGUGCUAAUGAAAAUUAGGACACCCCUUCCUUGCCGUGUAAGCUUCUGCACUAAAUGAAAAUAUUCAUUAGGAUUUCACCACUUUGGAAUUUUAUCUACAUAUAUCACAUUUAAAUAUCAGAAACAUAACCUUUUCAGACCCAUGACGUUCUCUAGGAGAAUGAACCACCUUUUGCUAAAGUAAUCUCAUACCUCACCAAAUCGAUUAUGGUAAAUAUCAUAUUUGUCCUUCCCUGCAGCACGCCGCAGUUUCGGAGGCUUUUUGAUGGAUUUUUGAAAGUGAUCUAUACCAUUGUUGGGAUAUUAUAUUAGUGGUAAUGUCGCUUAUUUAAAAGGAUGUCAACCCUGAAUAUUACAAUCUGCUCAUAGGUCGACUCUGAGUGUAUCUUUUUUGAUCUUCAAAUUAAGUUCCCCUUUAUAUUUUGAUGAUUACUCUAUAAAAAGGACAGCACUGUGAAUUUGCAUGAGUGAGGAUGGGCUGUAAAGUCCGCAAUAUUAUAUGGUGAAAGUUGCAUAUAAUUAUUUUACUUAUUCAUAGGGAUAAUAAGAUUGAGAUGUGGUUUAUUGAACUGUUAUUUCUAUUAUUAACGUGAAACUUUAUUAUGAUAUCUCUAAUGUGAACAUUCAGAUUACCCAAACGAUAACUUUUUUUUCGGUCAGUUGACAUAAAUCUUGACGCAAAACCAAACCGUGUAAUAUAAUGUAGUGUGUAAAUUAAGAAAAGUAUGAUACGGAUAAUACUUCCACUGAUUUAUACCAUGUGGUUUCUUUUUUUUUUUUUGAAUAACGUAUUGAUAUCCGUCUUUACCAUUAUUUAUUUUAUAUUAGUCACCCCGAAGAGCAGAGCUUGCCUGGGAGCAAAUUUCUUCCAAAUUGAUUCGUCAGACAAUAGUCUUCAAAGGUGUGCGUUUCUGAUUCUAAGAGGUUUAAAAAAAAAUCGAUUAAGCCGUCGAUACUUUUUCCAUUAA